AUGCGAAAUAAAAGAUUAGAAAACAAAAAGGCAAUGGUUUUAAAAUUAUUGGAUAAAAAUGUCAAUGGUAAUUGCUUAAAAAUUCCUAAAACUUAUUUCGGUUCUGACAUUCAAAAAUCAUUAGGUUCUCUUCUUGGAUUUCCAUGGGCAAAAUACCCCGGAGAAAAACAUCUUCUGGGUCAUAAUUAUACUGGUCCAGAUGAUAAGAUUAAAAAACAAAAAAUAGAUCUUAAACAAUUAAUAGAUAAUAUUAAACCAGAUAUAAGUGAAGAAAAAUUAACUGAAUUAGAAACCAAACUCAAUGAUAAUAGUGAAAUAGAUGCGAUUAAACAUCAACUUCUAAAUGUAGUAGAUAAAACUCAAUUACAAAAUGUAAAAUCAUUAAUAUCUAAUUUAAAUGAUAAGGUUACAAAGCUAAAAAUAAAUCUUAAGCAGUUAAUAGAUAAUAUUAAACCAGGCAUAAGUGAAGAAAAAUUAACUGAAUUAGAAACCAAACUCAAUGAUAAUAGUGAAAUAGAUGCUAUUAAACAACAACUUCUAAAUGUAGUAGAUAAAACUCAGUUACAAAGUUUAAGUUCAUUAAUAUCUAAUUUAAAUGAUAAGAUUAAAAAACAAAAAAUAGAUCUUAAACAAUUAAUAGAUAAUAUUAAACCAGGUAUAAGUGAAGACAAAUGGCAACAGCAAUCAACUGCUCUAGAAACUAAAUUUAAAACUGAAUUACAAAAAGAAGUAACAAAUAUUAAUCAACUGAUACAAAAUAUUUAUGAUAGUGAGAUUCAACAACAGAUAACUACUAUUAAUAACGAAGUUUUAAAACAGGGAAAAAAUAUAGCCGCAUUAGAAAAACAUAUCAAGGAAAAUAAACAAUCAUAUUAUUUCAAUCUUCCGUGUGAGAAAUACUGA